AUGUAUCAAGGCAAGGUUACUCUGCCAGCAUGUUCAGAAACCGGCCUGAUGUGUCUGAUUUGUAAGAGAUUGGAGGUAGGAUCGCCAGGAGCGAGGGGAGACGAAGGACCAACGGGACCAAAAGGACCAAAAGGAGACUUGGGGGAUAAAGGUAGUACCGGAGAUCAAGGAGCCUUCGGAGUUGCCGGAGGUAACGGAGGACCAGGACCAUUGGGACCACAAGGAGAUCCAGGCCCUCAGGGAGACCAAGGAGAUCCCGGAACAGCCCCCGGUAAAAAAGGAGAAAUUGGCUUUAUCGGCUCGAGAGGAGAUAGGGGUUCAGCAGGAGAUAUUGGGAGAGAAGGCAGGAAAGGAUUUGUUGGAUUGAAAGGAGGGAUGGGAGACAGAGGAAAUACUGGACCAAUUGGAUCAACAGGACAGAUGGGCAUGAAAGGAUCGAAAGGAAACAAAGGAAACCAAGGAAAUGCCGGACAGCAAGGCAACAGGGGAGACAGAGGACUUCAAGGACCACAUGGAAAAGACGGUGCAGAUGGAAAGGAUGGAUCGACAGGAGAUAAAGGAGACAGAGGAAAUACAGGCAGAGAGAAGACAUAUAAUGUUCGUGUUCGUUUGUAUGGGAAUAAAGAAAUGAAAGUUGACGAAAUUGGAAAAAAGAAAAAGUAA